AUGCCCGUCACCACAUCCAAGCACGUCGUCGCCAGCUGCGUCCUCGCCUGGGGACACGCCCGCCCCAUGAUCACCUUCGCCGCGCGACUCGUCCAGCUCGACCCGGACGUGCGCGUCACGGUUCUCGUCACUGCCGCACACUUCGACCGGCUCGUGAAGGAAUCGACGCGCAGCUUCGAAGAGGGCGACACUCAAGCGGCGCAACGUCUGAGGAUCGUGUGCGUCGGGCAACCUAACCACCCGCUUGGGGACGGCUGCAUCGGGCCUUUCUGGAAGACCCUGCUUGCCGGGGAGGGUCCUGUAUGCGCGCAAACUGGGACUCAGCACAGUGCCUGGCCGAAGCCGAACGCGGUCGUGCUUGAUAUCUUCGCCGUUCAGGACACCAAGAUCGUUCGGUCCAUCAGCGGCUCCAGCGUGAAGGUGUAUUCGUGGUGGCCUGGUGAAACGUACACCUUCUUGUGCUCGUUCGGGGACAAGAAGAUCGGGGGUCGCGGGAACCUCCAUCAGCAGAUAGAGGAGGAAGUGAGCAGAUCCGGUCGCUCAUACAUGGACGUGAGCAUGGAGAUGAUCAACGUGCCAAGAGGGGAGGUAGUGGAACUCCCCGGGCAUCCUCCAAUGUACGACUGGGAGCUCAGUCCUCAGCAGAGUCUGAUAGUCGCAUUGCAGUUCCCCCUUCCGGACGAAUUUGCGCUCUCUAUAUUCCCCCUCACGAAUGCCUCUCAAGCAACAGUCGACGGGAUUAUCUCGAUCUCCUUCGAGUCCUGGGAACCCGAAGCGUUCAAGCUCGCGAGGAAAUGGUUCGGCGAAACGGGUCGCCCCGUUUACAUCGCUGGACCGCUGCUCCCCACCGCGUCUAAGGCGACCCUGACGGCCAAUGAAAAAUCCCAGUCGGCGGAGGGUGCGGAGAUCCAGAAGCUUCUGGACGACACGCUUGCGCGUUCGGGACCGCAGUCUUUGCUCUACAUGUCUUUCGGGUCGAUUUUUUGGCCCGUCGGCUCCCCCGAGAAGGUCUGGGCGUUCCUCGACGUUUUAAUGGAGAUGGACAUCCCCUUCAUCAUGAGCCACGCCUCUCCCAUGGCCGUCGUACCGGACGAGGUGAAGGCGAAGGUGAAAGAGUACGGGAAAGGAAUCUUGUCGCCAUGGACACCACAACAGACGGUCCUCUCCCACCCAGCGACGGGUUGGUACGUCUGUCACGGGGGCCAAAACGGGCUGACGGAAGCCAUCGCCGCCAGCGUGCCGAUGAUCAUGUGGCCCUUCAACGCCGACCAGCCGUCGAACACCGCCUUGGCCACCGACGUCCACAAGAUCGGCUACGAGCUGCUCGAGGUCCGGACCGCCCACGGCUUGAACAAAGUGUACCGCACGGGCUACACUCCGGUCGGCACUGUCGACGCUGUCAAGGCUGAGGCGCGUCGGGUUCUCACACAGGCCUUCGGAGAGGACGGGAAGGAGAAGCGUGCACGGCUCCCAGCGAUCAGGGAGGCGAUGCUUGGGGAGUGGAAGGAGGACGGUCGGUCGCGGCGGGAUGUGCUCGCGUUCUUAGAGAGCUUAUAG